AAAGUAUUUAAUAAUAUCUUGUUUCUCGCGUCAUUCAUUAGCCCUUAUCAUUAAUAAUACCACGCACUCUCUUUCGGUUUUCAUUUGCUUGUUUUCAAUCUCAUCCUUGUUAUAGAAGAAGCACACGCAGUUUUCUAAUCGUAAUACUCAACUAUGAAGGCAACACUGCUUCGCCCUGGUUCCUCUCCUUUGCUUCUCGACGCACAUAGCAACCGAACCUCAUCAACGAGACACGCUUCCUUCGUUUGUUGUUCAUCGAGGAACCAACCUUACAUCCCAAAGCUCGAACCUUUUAGCCGAACCAAGUUUGAAAGGGCCGUUAAAGACCCUCCUUUGAUAGAAAAAUCUGAGAAAGAGCUCUUAGAUUAUUGUUCAACGCUUGAAGGUGACGAAUCCUACAGUUGCUGGCAGGCUUAUUUUGAGCUGAAGGAUCUUGAAAAAGAGAGCCCAAAAGAAGAGGUAGAGAGGUUGAUCCUGGAGACAGGUGGUGUAAAAUCCUUAAUAGGAUGUUUACAUGGGAUUGCAAUUAUGCAUAAACUAAAGAAGAACGAAAUAAGUUUAACUAAGGGUGUAAAAUUAGGAGGAGGAGAAAGACUGUGUCCCAAACCAGAUGGAUUGCCAAAAUCAGCUGAUGAGUUGAUGGAAGAGGAGGAAGCUAGAAUGCCUGAUUCGCCAUAUACUAAGCUUCUUAGAAGUAUGGGAAGGUUCCCUGCAUGGUAUUCUCCUGCUCCUGACCAUGAAACAGAUUGAUGAUUAUUGAUUACCAUAUGAGGAGACUAGUUAUGUGAAUGUGCACCACCAACCAAGUGGACUAGGAAUAACCCCACCAUGUGAUGGAUAUGGGUGUAAAUUUUGGGCCUUUUCUACUUAUGUAAUUAAUUACUUUUCAUAAUUUUAAAUUUCAUAUAUGUUUUUUAUUUUAGGAAAUGGUUAAUUUGGGGGAUAGUUUUAAUUACUACCAGGUGACUGGAUCUGGAAUGGGUAUAAAAUCCUGUGUGGGUUUGUUUUAGUAAGUUGUGACUUAGAAAAGAUCCAAGAUUGUGUAAGCUUUUUUCUAAAGUUUUUCUUAUUACAAUUGUGGGUACUAUUUUUGUGAACAAGUUGUGGGGAUUACUACUAAUCAUGAUUUGUAAAUUAGCUUUUUCUUAAG